UGAUUAUUCAAUUACAACUUGCAUAACGAAUGACUGAGUAGAAAUUAGAAAUCAUUUAAUAUAAUUAAAAGUAGCAUUAUAAGGAAGGAGUAUAUAAAAUCUUAGGGAUAAAAGCGAUUGAAUAACCUAGCCUUGUUUCUUAUUUUACACCAGUUUAAUAUUUAGUAGAGUGCAAGAAUGGGGAAUUCAGAUAUAGCAUGAAUGGAGAGAUAUUUAGAAUGUUAGAAUUAAUUUAAUUUUAGAGAGUAAAAUACAAAGUAUGCUACUAUUCUAACUAAUAUUGACUAAGUGUAAAAAUUAAAAUGGGGAACUUAAAAUUUAUAAUACACUGUUAAAUGGUGUCCUAUUUGGGAAGCUAGAAUAAUAAUAAAUGCAGGAGGAGAAGUAAAUAAGAAUAAUCUUAAAAUUGGGAAAUGGGUUGAACUAUCUGAUAAUUAUUGCAAGUAAUAAUCAUUUUCAAGAUAUUUAUUUUUAGUAUAUCCUAAGUUACUCAUGAAGGAAUAUAUAAUAAUGGAUUAAGAAAUGGAAAAUGGAUAACGUACUUUAAAGAAAAUAUCAUGUAAUCUAUAAGAAUGUUAUUGAUAUUAGCUGUGAAGGUGAAUAUAAUCUAAAAGGAGUCGAAAUUGGAAAAUGGGAACAUGUACAUGAUAGAUUUUCAAAGUAAAAGCCUAGUGUAUGUUUAGCAAUUACCAAAUAAUUUAUUAAGGAGAAUAUAAAAAUGGAAAAAAGUUUGGAUAAUGGAAUAUAAUAGACAUUACUACUUAAAAUAAAUUGAUUAUGUAUUUCAAAUAAAUCAAUUAGACAGUGGGGGUGGUUUCUAUGGAACUGAAGGAGAAAAAAUAGGAAAAUGGACAGAACUGCACAAUAAUUUUGUGAACUUUAAAACUUUAAAUAAAUACAGUUGUUAAAUUCUAUGGAAAGGCUAUUAUAGGAAUGGAAAAAAGAUAGGGAAAUGGGAUAUACAUUAUUCAAAAGAACUUAAAUCAGUAGAUAAUUUUGAGAGCAUGUAAACAUUAUAACGGUAAUCCUAGAGGAGGAGGCCUGUACGACGAAACUGAAUAAAAAUAAGGGAUAUGGAUUGAAUUACUUGACAAUUUUAGCAAGUAUUAUUUACCUUAUUGUAUCCUAUUAGUUGCAGUUAAGUUAGAUCUUUUGGAGAAUAUAAUAAUGGUAAAACAAUUGGAAGAUGGAAUAUUUAAUUUAGAGAUGAGAAAAAAGAUAAUUUUAUAAUAAUGUAAACUACAUAUUUCAUUAUUAUAAAGAGGCGGUGGUCAAUAUGACGAUGAAGGAAAAUAAAAAGGGAAAUGGAUUGAGUUAUACCAUAAUUUUAGAAGGUAUUAAAAAACUUAAUAUAUUAGUGACAUUUAACUUAGAUUUGUGGGAGAUUAUAAAGAAGGAAUUAAACAAGGUUUCUGGGGAUUGUAAUUUCGGAAUUAUUUUCAUAAAGAUUUUCCAUAUUGGUAAUAAUUUAAUUGGGAUUUAUUUAAGUUCAGGUGGUACCUAUGAUUUUGGCUAGAAAAAUGGUAAAUGGAAUGAAUUGUAAUACACAUGGAGUUUUUUUUCAAUGUAUAAAUAGUUACAUUAAUUCAAUUUUAAUUAAGGAAUAAAACUAAUUGCCAUACCGUUCAUUAUAAGAAUGGCAAGUCAUUAAGUUGGAACUAGAUAAAUUGAGAGUGUAAUCAUUAUUCUAAGAUAUAUAAUGUUAUAUUAUAAAUAAAACUCAGUUGCAGUUACAAAUCUUUUAUCAUUUUAAUUGUAUUCAUUUAAACAACUUUUUAAAAUUGAACAUUUUCCAUCAGUCUUCUAAUUUAUCUUAAUUAGCCUUUCCAAUAUUAGCGAUAUUUACAUAGUGUGCAAAACUUACUUCAUUUAAAAAUAAUGA